AUGAGUCGAAGGUGUCGGCAUAAUCGCAAGCUAUGCAGUCCACGUCUUCUGGACCCAAGCCCCGUCGUCCUGUUCAAUGAAGAAGAAGCUGAACCUAUCUUGGCUCUAAAACCUACACACACUGAUAGUAUGCCCGCUGGACCAAUCAAUAGUUUACAGGUGCAAGAAGACAAUCAGGCAAGCAUGGGCAACAGCCCCAGCGACGAACCUGAGGGCAAUGUUGUAUUGCCUAAGAAAAGGAAGUACACUAAGAAGGCCAAGCCAACCUCGGUGGAGUCGCCAGUCCUCAACAAUGACUCUACGCCCAUUGGCGAGUAA